AUGGCUGCCGCGGACCAAGAAACCCACGUCAGCGCAGGUGUGGAUGCAGGCAUGUUUGGGGAGAUCCUGAGUUACAUCUACUCGGGAACCCUCCAUGUGUCCCUGGACAAAGUGCAGCCCCUGUACCAGGCAGCCGACCUCCUCCAACUGGAAUAUGUGAGAGACACCUGCAGCAGCUACAUGGCCAUGAAUGUGGAGCACUCCACCUGUGUGGACUUGUACAAUUUUGCUGAUGUUUUUUCCGUGGAUUUUGUCCUGAGGCGUUGUGUGGAGUGGAUCGAUAUAAACUUCGCUGAGUUUUCCUUUAGAGAGGAAUUCUGCAGCCUGAGUGUGAAUCAGCUGAUUGAGAUCAUCAGCCACGAUGAGCUGUGUGUUACAGAGGAGACAACAGUGUGGGAGGCUGUGGUGAGAUGGGUGCAGCACAGUAGAGAGGACAGACUGCACCACCUACCCACCAUCCUCCCUCACAUCCGCUUCAACCUGCUGACCUCAGACGACACGGCAGCCAUCCUGGAUCACCCCCUGGCCAGAGAAGAUCUUGGGAGUUCUGCGGUCAUCAGGAAUGCGGUACAGAAAGGGAAUCCCAACCUGAAGCCGAGGCUUGGGAUGACUACAGAGAUGGCUGUGCUGUUGAACUAUCCCCGUAGUUCCGUAAUCAAGGAGUUCCUCUUCAUGAACCCUCAGGAAGGGAAGUACAUCAGCUGCAGUUACGACCUCCCUUAUGUCCGUGACAUGACAGUCACCAGUGAUAACGACAUCUAUAUCCUAGAUACUGAGGAAUCAGACGAGGAGAAUCAGUUGUCUCUGUUUAAGUACAACCAUGAACAAAACGUGUGGGAACAAGCAGGUGUGUCCUCCAUAUCUAAGGGACCAGAAGAUGAUAAUAUGUAUGAGAGAGGCCUUUAUGAAGUUGAUGGGAUUCUGUAUUACACUGCUGUUGAUCCUGAAGAAGACAGACCACUGCUGCAGAUGAGAAAGUACAACCCGCACACAAACCAGUGGCAGGAGUGUACACAGCUGAGACUUAACACGACUCUAGCGUCGUUUGUAGUAUUGUCCUGUGGCCCAAACCUGUAUUUCCUCACGGACACGGAAGUGUAUUGCUACGACCCGAAACAGGACCGUUGGUUCGAGAGGACCCCACCAACACUCAUAACGGAUGUCAGCACAGCUGUUGCUAUAGGAACGGAAAUUUUCUGCUCGGACUUUAUAUUCACUAAGGCUAUGGUGUACGAUACAGAGUCAGACCGCUGGCAGGAGCUGAAGGGCUUGCCGAACCUAGAAAACUUUUAUGUUGAUUAUCGGACCAUUUUUUUCGUACUGGAGAACCAGCUGCACGUGUUAUUAACCUGUACUAGCGACUCUCAGGAAGGCAUUAUAUAUCUUGUUUUUGUGUAUGACAGGUCUACUGAUGCCUGGAGAGACUUGAAUGCCAAUUUACCGGAUAAGACCUAUGAAGUGCGUGGUUCUUAUUCCCCUGUGGCACGUAUAUACCUACCAUAUCUCAAGGGGACAUAAAACAAGACAGGGCAAGAUUGAUUGACUUUGUUUAGUUGUUGAAUGGUUGUUUAACUGAUUAAUUUAGUUUAGAUCUUAGGUUUUUGCCAAAUGGUCAACAGUGGGAUAGAUGUACCAGAUUUUAUACUUUAGUAGAAGUAAAAAGCUUUACAGAUUGACAAAUUGGCUUCUGUAAAGACAGAACUAAUGCUCUGUGUCCUUAAAGCUUCGCAGCAGUAGUUACCAGAUACAUUUGUUCUGAGUGUAUUCCUAGUUAGUAAACUUGGGCAUCAAUGGUACUAUUUGGUGAGGAUACGGUUGGUACAUGUAUGUGAGUCCUAUUAAAGCAACUAGGGUGGUACACAGGCAAAGGUAAUUCCACGUGUAUGUUACAUUAUUAUGUGUGGCGUGCUUAACAUUGUAUUUGUUACUCACCUUACAUUUAUGGUUGCAUGAUUCACUCACAGUAGAUUCAGCCCAGUUUAUAUACAUAUUCCAUGCAAAAAUGUAACUGCAAUAUCCUUUUUUAAAACUUUAAAUGUUAACUGGUUGAAAGAAAGAGCCGUCGUUUUGUGAAAUGCUAUUGUGUUUAAUGGUCCGAUGUACUCUGAAGAAAUUCACAGAUAAAGCAUACAUACGCCAAAAA